ACCACUUUAAUGUGGUUUAAUGCCAUAUCCCUUCCUGCUCCCAUUUUGUUGCAUUAUUGAUGCAACCCUGCACUUCAGAAAAAUCAAUGGAAAACUGGGAUGGCAGCAACGGAGAGAGGGCUGGCCUAGGAACCCCUGUAGCUCCUCCUAGUUCAAGGUUUUCGACAACGACAAUAAAAAAAAAAUUAGGUGUUUUUCCCUUCAUGAAUCCAAGUCAUUGGACAAGGCCGGCUCUGUUUGGACCAGGCAGCUCAUAGGCAGGCGGGAUGCAAAUGUAAUCAAAUCUGUAUGAGCUGGCCUGGAUCCUCCGGUCAGAGGCUGCUCUGAGUGGGAAGGGACCAUUUUCUCUGCCUCAGCCCUAGAGAGAAGUGCAAAUAUCUCCAGCAAAUUCUUGGUUGUGGAUAUUCCAAAGACUGGAAGACAGCAUGGCCCUGACCAACGCCUUCAAGGCUGUAACCAAUAUGCCUGGACUGAUCAUCUGGAGAGUUGAGAAUAUGGAUCUAGUAUUGGUGCCUCCAAAAACUCAUGGCAGCUUCUAUGAAGGCGACUGCUAUGUUCUCCUUUCAACCCGUAAAUCAGGCAGCGUCCUCUCCUAUGAUGUUCACUACUGGAUUGGAAGGUGCUCCUCACAAGAUGAACAGGGCUCUGCUGCCAUUUAUACCAUCCAACUGGAUGACUAUCUUGGUGGAGUCCCAGUGCAGCACCGGGAGGUGCAAGACUAUGAAUCUCAGCUCUUCAAGGGCUACUUUAAGAAAGGGGUCAUUUACAAGAAAGGAGGCUGGGCAUCUGGCUUCAGCCAUACAGAGACCAAUGUCUACCACGUCAAGCGGCUUCUACACGUCAAAGGAAAAAGGAACAUUAUGGCCAGAGAGGUGGAGAUAAGCUGGGACAGCUUUAACCUUGGUGACGUGUUCCUCUUAGAUCUGGGUAAAAUCAUUGUCCAGUGGAAUGGCCCGGAAAGCAACAAGCAGGAGCGGCUGAAGGCUAUGCUUCUUGCCCAAGAUAUCCGUGACAGAGAACGUGGAGGCCGUGCUGAAAUUGGGGUCAUAGAGGGUGAUGAUGAAGAAGCCAGUUCAGAUUUGAUGAAGGUGUUGGAGAGUGAGCUGGGAGAAAGGACUCACGAAAUUGAACCUGCCGUUUCUGAUGAGAUGGUGGAUCAACAGCUGAAGGCCAGCCUCUUCCUCUAUUGUGUUACAGACGCUGGAGGGCAAAUAGAAAUUACAGAAGAAGGCAAACGUCCUCUCAGGCAGGAAUUAUUAAACCACAAUGAUUGCUACAUUCUGGAUCACAGUGGGAUAAAAAUCUAUGUCUGGAAGGGAAAAGGGGCCACCAAGCUGGAGAAACAAACAGCCAUGUCAAAAGCCCUGGAAUUUAUUAGGAAGAAAAGCUAUCCUCCCAGCACCAAUGUGGAGACAGUACAUGAUGGAGCAGAGUCAGCCAUGUUCAAGCAGCUGUUUCAGAACUGGAAAGUCCAGGAACAGACCGUAGGGCUAGGAAUAGCCCACAAUGCGGGAAGAAUCGCUAAGAUGAGCCAGGAGGGAUUUGACGUUGCGGCUUUGCAUGCUUUGCCACAGCUGGCAGCCCAGGAGAGGAUGGUAGAUGACGGGGAAGGAAAAGCUGAGGUCUGGAGGAUUGAGAACCUGGAGUUGGUACAAGUGGAGAAACAAUGGCAUGGAUUUUUCUAUGGUGGAGAUUGCUAUUUAAUCCUGUAUACCUAUGAAUUGAAAAAUAAGCCACAUUACAUACUUUACAUUUGGCAGGGACGCCAUGCAACAGUGGAUGAGCUUGCAGCCUCAGCUUAUCUUGCCGUGCAAAUGGAUCAGCAAUUCAAUGGGGAACCUGUGCAGGUCCGAGUGAAUAUGGGCAAGGAGCCACGUCACUUCCUGGCCAUCUUCAAAGGCAAGCUUGUUAUCUUUGAGGGCGGGACAUCCAGGAAAGACAGAAAUGAACUGGAACCUCCAGUGAGGCUCUUCCAAAUCCGUGGAAUAGAGACCUUCAACAGGAAAGCCGUGGAGGUGCUGGCUUCUGCUGCUUCUCUCAAUUCCAAUGAUGUCUUCUUGCUGAAGACACAGGGAGACCAUUACCUGUGGUAUGGCAAGGGUUGUAGUGGAGAUGAACGAGAAAUGGCUAAGGAGCUGGCUGCUAUUAUCUGUGAUGGACUUCAGGAGACUGUGGCUGAGGGACAAGAACCGGCUGAAUUUUGGGAGCUGCUCGGAGGCAAAGCCCCUUAUUCAAGUGAUAAAAAACUGCAACAAGAGAUCCCUGAUUAUCCUCCACGGCUUUUUGAAUGCUCCAACAAAACUGGACGCUUUGUGGUCAUUGAGAUAACUGACUUCACCCAGGAUGAUCUGAGUGAAAGUGAUGUUAUGCUGCUGGAUACUUGGGACCAGGUGUUCAUGUGGGUUGGCAAAGAAGCCAAUGAAGUUGAGAAGAAGGAGGCAUUGGCAACCGCUCAGGAGUAUCUGCAAACCCAUCCUAGUGGGAGGGAGGUUGACACUCCUAUCCUAAUGAUUAAGCAAGGUUUUGAACCACCCAACUUCACUGGCUGGUUCCUGGCUUGGGAUCCUAACAAAUGGAGUGAAGGGAAGACCUACGAGCAGCUGAAGAAGGAACUGAGAGAUGCCAACGACAUGAUCAGAGUCGCAGAUGACGACAGACUUGAAAUCGUGAGCAGCAGCAAGAGUCCAAUCUAUUCUCUAGAAGUUUUGCUCUCCAGUCUGGAGGACUUACCUGAAGAUGUGGAUCCUGCUAAGAAGGAGAAUUUCCUGUCAGAUGAUGAUUUUAUGAGAGUCUUUGGAAUCCCCCGGGAAAAGUUCAUUGUCCUCCCUACUUGGAAGCAACUUCACAUGAAAAAAGAAAGGGGUCUUUUCUGAGGGGG